AUGGGAUGUUCAUCAAGCACCGAAAGGUUAACAUCUACAAAAAAUAUUAAUAUUGUUACAUCUCCUUCACAACAACAAAAAAAAAAUGCUCAAGAUACUAAAGUCAAAAUAGUUUUAUUAGGUGACAGUGGUGUUGGAAAAUCAAGUAUUGCUUUGUAUUUAUGUCAUGGUCGCUUUUCUGAAAAACAUCAAGUUACUAUAGGUGCAGCAUUUUUACAUCAUAAUAUUGAAUUAAAAAAUGGUACAACAAUGAAAUUACAUAUUUGGGAUACUGGAGGACAGGAAAGAUUUCGUUCCAUGGCUCCUUUAUAUUAUCGUGAUGCAUAUGGAGCAGUUGUCGUUUAUGACUCAAAUAAUGUCGAAUCGUUCGAUUCUUUGAAAUACUGGAUAAACGAAAUAAAAUCAAAUGGCCCAAGAAAUUGUUGUAUUAUGGUAGUUGCCAAUAAAAAGGAUUUACCCCAAAAACUCAAUUCAGAGAUGGUCAUGAAGUUUUGCGAACAAGAAAAUGUAUCAUUUAUAGAAUGCUCAGCAAAGACAGGAGAGAAUAUUAAUACUUUAUUUGAAAAAAUAGCUAGUCGUAUUUAUUCCCGAUUUAAAGAGGUGUUAUAUUAUAACAAUCCUUGA